AUGAAUAAUUCUCCAACGCUCUUGAGCAGAUUUAACGUACAAGACCUCACGACCCACAUUGGGACCCAAUUUCCGGACGAGGAUGUCCAACUCUCUCACUUGUUGGUAGACCCUGAUGGCGACCAACUUAUCAAGGAACUUGCCUCACUUGUUUCGUCCCGCGGCGUCGUGUUCUUCAAGAAUCAAGACAUUGGCAUUCAACAACAAAAAGAGCUUGCGACCCGUCUAGGGGAACUAUCAGGAAAGCCCAAGACCUCUACAUUGCAUAGGCAUCCUGUCUCCGAAGAUACUCCAGAGCUCGGGGCUGAUGUCUCCGUUAUAUCUUCCAUGGGUGGCAUUGCAAGGGCGGGAGUGAUAGAAUCAACACGGGCCAGCAAUGGCUGGCAUUCUGACAUCACCUUUGAACGUGUGCCAGCGGAUUAUUCAAUACUCAAAAUGCACACGCUGCCUCCAAUUGGAGGAGACACUCUCUGGGCUAGUGCGUAUGAAGCUUACGAUAGGCUCUCGCCCGCUUUCAAGAAAUUCUUGUGUGGCUUGACAGCGGUCCACAGUGGCGAAUUCUUCUUGGAUUAUGCGCGUGCAACGGGAAUUAAAAUCCAAGAUCCACGAGGGUCUCCGGAAAAUACGGGGAGCGAUCUCACAGCCAUACACCCAGUAGUGAGAACACACCCUGUAACGAAAUUCCAAGCAUUGUUUGUAAACAAAUCCUUCACCCGAAGGAUUGUCGAACUGUCCCAAGACGAAUCCAAUGAUAUUCUUGAUUACUUGUUCAGACACGUGUCCGAAAACCAUGAUUUACAGGUACGUUACCGCUGGAGCAAGAACGAUGUUGCGAUAUGGGACAAUCGAGCCACCUUUCACACCGCGACGAACGACUACACUGCGUCGCGUCAAGGUAACCGGGUUGUUAGCAUUGGCGAGAAGCCAUAUUUCGAUCCGAAGGGGAAGUCGCGAAGAGACGUAUUAAGCUUGUGA